AUGUCGACCGUCAUCUUGGGCGGAGGUAUCAUCGGCCUGUCGACCGCCUAUUACCUUGCCCAGCAGAAGGAAGCAUCGACAACGUCCCAAUCCCAAUCCUACUCACUCUACAUCGUCGAAUCUUCACCCGCGCUUUUCGAAUCAGCCAGUGGAUACGCCGGCGGCUUCCUCGCCUUGGACUGGUUCGUCCCUGCCGUCGCAAGUCUCGGUGCACUCUCUUAUCGCCUGCACCGUGAGCUGGCCGAGAAACACGAUGGUCCAAGGAGAUGGGGGUAUGGCGGAAGCCAUGUCUACAGCCUCAGUGUCGAGGAUGUGGGUGUCAGUGGGCCGGGUAGGAAGGCUAGAGGCGAAGACUGGUUGCUCCAAGGCACAAGCCGGGCCGGGCUGGUCGGAACGAAUUCUGAAGCGGAUAGGAAUUCCCAUGUUUCUCAUUCUCAGCACGCCGACAGGGUGAAUGUGAAUGCGGAUGGCACACCUGCCGUCUUCACGCCACAGCCUGGUGGGACUCUGGAGACGAUUGCAGGGCCCGAGGAGUGUGCCCAGGUGGAGCCAAGAGAGUUGUGCGAGUUCUUGCUGGACGAGUGCAAGAAGAUGGGCGUCGAGGUGUACCUGUCUACAAAGGCCACGCGCGUUCUGACUGAUGACACGGGCGCCUUCAGCGGGUUGAAGUUGCAGUCGACUGACGAAGACCGCCCGGCGGAAUGGGACGUCGAGUGCAAGAACGUCGUACUAGCGGCAGGCGUCUGGACCCCGAGAGUGUUCAAGACGCUGUUUCCACACAGCAACUGGCAGAUCCCCGUUGAACCGUUAGCCGGACACAGUAUCACGGUGAGGUCACCACGGUACAACACCCCCUUUGUCGACCCGUCUAAACGACGGAUCGGUGGCGGGGACGAGAAUUGGCUGUGCUACUCUAUUUACUGCCCUCCUGGUCAGCAUUGGCCGUACGCCCCCGAAGCAUAUGCCCGCCUGGCCCGCAAUGGGGAGACCGAGCUUUGGCUUGGUGGCUUGAAUCAUAGCGACCUGCCCGUGCCGGAACUGGCAGUAGACGUGAAGAAGAUGAUCGACCCGGAAUGCAUCAAGGAUCUCCGCAAGACCACGGUGCAGCUCGCAGGACUGGCCAAAGAAGGUGAUGAUCUGAAUCAGGAUGACCUUGAGACCAUUCGGGAAGCACUCUGCUUCCGACCGGUGAGCUCCACAGGAAAACCACUACUUGGGCAAUUGCCCGAGAAAUAUCUAGGCGGCGUCCGUGUCGGCGGGGGAGGUAUCUGGGUCGCAUCCGGGCACGGUCCGUGGGGGAUCACUUUGUCUUUGGGGACGGGCCUGGUCAUGAGUGAGAUGCUGCUGGGGAAGAAGACUAGUGCCGAUGUUGGGCUGCUGCGAGUCGCUUGA